AGAAGAUCCUGAUUGUGAUGCUGGCAUGUCCAAUAACAACGGACUUAUAGUUCCCAAUCAGGAGCAAGAUUCUGAGCCAGAGAAGGACACCGAGGAUGAUAAUUCCACCUCUUCCAGUCCUCCAUUACCACUCUGCAGUCCUGACUUUGGCUCAGAUUUUGCCAAUAACAUACAGGGUGCUGAAGGACCAUCUAUCAGCCCUGUUGAGCCCAGAUCUCCCUCACUUGGAAAUUUCAACCUGGGCCCAGUGUUGGGAGAAGGAGCAUUUGGGAAGGUAUUCCUAGCCGAGCACAAAAACACCAAAGAACUAUGUGCUAUCAAGGCCCUGAAAAAAGAGGAGAUUUUGAAAAGGGGCAACUUGGACAGUGUCUUCAAAGAGAAGGAAAUCCUCCAGAGGGUGAGUUCUACCGAACACCCGUUCCUAGUGUCGAUGCAUGGAACCUUCCAGACGGAGUCUCACCUAUUUUGUGUGAUGGAAUAUCUCCCUGGAGGUGACAUGUAUGAAAUUGUAACAUCCGUGGAACUGCAAGAACCUGAAGUCAUGUUUUACACCGCAUGUGUCGUUCUUGGCCUGGAGGCAUUACACCACCUUGGCAUUGUCCAUAGAGAUAUAAAGCUUGAGAAUUUGCUGUUGGACCGGGAUGGCUACCUUAAGAUCGUAGACUUCGGCCUCAGCAAAGACAGAUUUGGAUACAGCGACCGCACUAACACCAUGUGCGGCACAAAAGCUUACAUCGCCCCCGAGAUCUUCCUGAAACAUGGAUACGGCAUGGCCGUUGACUGGUGGGCCCUAGGAAUCACCACCUAUAUAAUGCUCAUGUGUGAGGUAAGCACAAUUCCUAUAUUAUCAACUUACAUUGGGGAAUCAUUGGGGUUCAUAUUGAAACAUAUCUCUUGGGAAUGUUGUUUCGCUAAAGAAAUAAUGAUUCACUUUUUCAGUUACCUUUCAACAACGAAGACCCGGUUGAGCUAAUGCAGAGCAUCGUUUAC